AAUAGUCUUCAAAGCUCAAGUAGCCCUUCCUUAAAAUUAAUCAACUUUAAUAUUGUCUCUCACAAUGUUCGUCAAUGGCGGGCCUUUGAAAAGACAAGUCAGCUUCUCUUCUAAUAAAAUUCAUCUCUGAAUCGUCUCAAAACCCUAAAAAAAUUCGACCCGAAAAAACCGAUAUCCGAUGGCGAAACGCACCGUACCAAUCCUGAAACAACUCCUCCGGUCAUCGGAAAACCCAGCCAAUCUAGGGUUUAAGAGAUCCGUGACCUACAUGCCCCGACCCGGGGACGGGACUCCGAGACCUGUAACCCUAAUCCCCGGCGACGGAAUCGGGCCUCUUGUCACUGGCGCCGUCGAGCAGGUCAUGACGGCGAUGCACGCUCCGGUGUACUUCGAGCGGUAUGAAGUCCAUGGUGAUAUGAAGAAGGUUCCGGAGGAGGUGAUCGAGUCGAUCAAGAAGAACAAGGUGUGUUUGAAGGGAGGGUUGAUGACUCCGGUCGGUGGAGGAGUGAGUUCGUUGAAUGUUCAGCUCAGGAAGGAGCUUGAUCUGUACGCUUCCCUAGUCAAUUGCUUCAAUUUGCCCGGUUUGCCGACGAGGCACGAGAACGUCGAUAUCGUGGUGAUCAGGGAGAACACCGAGGGUGAGUAUUCCGGGCUCGAGCACGAGGUCGUUCCCGGUGUGGUCGAAAGUCUUAAGGUGAUAACAAAGUUCUGUUCGGAGCGUAUUGCUAAAUAUGCUUUCGAGUAUGCUUAUCUCAACAAUAGAAAGACAGUGACAGCUGUGCACAAAGCAAAUAUUAUGAAGCUUGCAGAUGGUCUAUUUCUAGAAUCUUGCCGAGAGGUUGCGACAAAAUAUCCUAGUAUCAAGUACAAUGAAAUUAUUGUGGACAACUGCUGCAUGCAACUUGUUUCAAAGCCUGAGCAAUUUGAUGUCAUGGUCACUCCCAAUCUUUAUGGAAAUUUAGUUGCAAAUACUGCUGCUGGUAUAGCUGGGGGCACUGGAGUUAUGCCAGGAGGAAAUGUCGGGGCUGAUCAUGCUAUUUUUGAGCAAGGUGCUUCGGCAGGGAAUGUGGGGCACACGAAACUGGUGGAACAGAAGAAAGCAAACCCAGUGGCCCUACUUCUCUCAUCGGCCAUGAUGCUGAGACAUCUCCAAUUUCCAUCUUUUGCUGAUAGAUUAGAAACUGCUGUGAAACGGGUUAUAUCAGAGGGCAAGUACAUGACAAAAGACCUUGGAGGAACCAGUCACACCCAAGAGGUUAUUGACGCAGUUAUAGCUGCUUUGGACUGAUAGCUGCUCUCCCUACCGAUCAGGCUUUGUAUACCUGGCAUAUUUUUUUCCCGCAGAUAUUUUCAUUUAUUGUUGCUAAAUUUUCUUCCCACCAAGAUAAAGAACGCUUUGUUGAUUAAAAUGAAACCUGUAAAGGCAUAUGGUCCAUUUCUAUGAUCGAUGCUAUUCUGAA